AUGGAAUCAUCAUCUACUACUACUACUGUUAAUAGUAGUGGUGGUGAAGGUGGUUUAGAAGCAGCAAUGAAUGUCAUUGACCAUACGACAGACAAUGAUAAUAUAUCAUCCCAGUCUUCAUCUCCAUCUAUUACUUCUUCAACUACACCUCCACAUCAACAACAUCAACAUCAACAACAAAAUAGUUUUAAUAGUAAUAAUAGUUUUAGUACAUUACAUUUUGAUAAUACUAGUACAUUUAAUAUUAAUGGAGUACCUUUAAAACCUAGUAGUACUAUUCAUUCUACUCAUAAUAAUUCACCACCAUUACCAAAUAUACCAAUUGCAGCUGCAUCUAUUAUGAAUAGUCCUGGUAAAAGUUUAAAUUCAUUCUUUCAUAAUAAUGUAAAGAGUUUCUUUACUGGUAGUAGUAGUUCAACAACGACAACACGUCUACCAACAACUACAACAACAUCAAAAGGAUUAAUUGGAAGUGGUAGAAGUAAUAACUCUUCCUCUUCAUCUAGUCAAAUGAAACCAGUUAGAGUAGAAGAUGAAGAAGAGGAGAGUAAUGUCACUCAACAGAGAAAGUUAUUUGUCGAUUCACCUAUCUUAUCGAUUGACAAUAAGAAUAAUUCAACCAAUAGUGGUAGUAUCAGUAUCAACAGUUACAACAUUGUCUAUGACGACGAUGAAGAUAUGGACGACGAAGAAGACAUGGAUGAAGAAGACGAAGACGAUGGUGACGACGAAGACGAUGACAACGAAGACGAUGAAAGUGAAGAUGAUGAUGAAGAAGAAGAUUCAAUAUCAUUAAAUUCAAGUGGAAAUGAUAUUGAAUAUUCAAGAUCAUAUAGUUUAUUUGGUAGUGAUAAUAGUCCACACUUUUUCAAGAAUAUUAUUCAUCCAGUGAGUGAAUUGAAUACAUCUUCAUUGGUCAAUAAUAGUGUAUUUAAAGGUGCAAGAUCAUCAUCAAAAUCCAAUACUCCCAAUCAUAAUAAUAUGUUUUCUUCUUCACCUUAUGCAGUAUCGUCAUCUUCUCCUCAUUCUGCAACCUAUUCAUCAUCUUCACCAUCUUCAUCUUCACCAUCAUCUUAUUCACCUCAACAACAACAACAACAAACACCACAACAAGCAGUUGUUGGAGAUUCACCAGACAAACUUUUUGUCAUGACAUUUGUCAAUCAGGGAUUCUCAUUGGAGCAAUGUUUGUAUGCUCUCUACAUAUCCAAUCAUGAUCAUGUCCAAGCUUCACAAUGGCUUUUGCAACUAAAGAGAAACUUUUUCAAUAAUUGGCAUUCAUUCUCUCCAGGUGGAUCUUAUAAUGCUAAUGGUAGUAGUAAUAUGGUUGGAAAUACAGCAGCUGGACUUUCACCAUUUGGAUUAUCUUCUCCAAUCGAUUUUUCACCAAGAUUAUCAUCUCCCAUACCAAACCUUGUAAGUGAUGCUUCUUUAAUUCCUCAAUAUCAACAAAGUAAUCAAAAUCAGCAUCAUCAACAAAAUAAUCAACAACAAUCACCUCCUCUACAAAAUCAUCAACAACAAAAUAAAAGUAAUAAUACAUCAUCUCAACAACAUCAACAAAAUAAUAAUAAAAAUAGUAAUAAUACAUCACCUCAACAUCAACACCAACAAAAUAAUCAACAACAACAUUAUAAACAAAAUCAACAAUAUAAAUCUCAACAACAAACAAAUACAAAACCAAAAUCAAAUCAACAACAAUAUCAACAACAACAACAAAACCAUCAACAACAAUUUCCACCUUUACAACAACAAUCACAACAACAACAACAACCAUUACAAAAACAACAAUCACCUAUUCAAUCUCAAAAAUCAAAUAAUGAAUCAUCAACUAUUAAUAAUAAUAAUAAUGAAGCAGAUAAAUUAUAUGAACUAGGAAUUCAAUAUUUAAAACAAAAAGAUUAUGAAAAGGCAUUAAAUCAUUUUGAUAAAUCAUAUGAAAUUCAUCCAACAACUCAAUCAAAAAAUAAGAUUUUUGAAUUGGCAAGUUUAAUUAUUAAAAAUAAGAAUAAUCAACAACAUUUAAAUGUUGAACCAUUACCAAAAGAAGAAUUAAAGAAAAAUGAUGAUACCAAUUCAAAUGUUUCAUCUUUGGAUGCUUCACCAACAACCCUUGCUCAAAAGAAAAAAGAAAAAAAGACAAGAAGUCAAUUAAAAGAAGAAAAGAGAAGACAAAAAGAAGAACAAGAAAUGACUGAACAAAGACAAAAAUUGGAACAAUAUGAACAAGAAUUGUUGAGCAAGAUUGAAAUGGAGAGAUUGGAAAAUGAAAAAAAGGAAAACGAGGAAAGAGAAGAAAAAAGAAUCAAAGAGUUGGAAAAGAAACAAAAAGAAAAAGAAUUGGAACUUGAAAGACAACAAUAUGAAAAGGAAAUGGAACAACGUGCAGAGAUGGAAAAGAAACAAAAAGAGGAAAAAGAAAAACGUGAAAGAGAAAAGAGACGUGCCGAGAAACAACGUCGUAAAGAAGAACAGUUAAGAUUUCAAACUGAAAUGGAAAGACAACGUGCAGAAAGAGAAUUGGCACUUGAACAAGAACAGUUACUCAAACGACAACAACAACAACAACAAAAGUCACAAAAAGAUAAUAGAAGAAAGUAUGUCAAUCCUGAUGGUACAGUUGUCUAUCUUGAUGAAUUACCUGAUCUCAUAUCAGAUAACGAAGAGGAUGGUACUGAUGAUUAUGAUGAAUCUUCAAAUCAAGAAGAUUCCUCAAAUAAUAAUACUCCUCAUUUAAAUAGUAAAUCAGUCUCGACAUCCCCUUCCAUUUCUUCCCCUCCUCCUUUACCAAUCUCUCAACAACCAAAGAAAAAUUCUUCUAAAAAGAAUUUGAAUCAAAAAUCAAAAUCUAAAAAUUCAGAUGGAACAACUAUCGUCAAAACCAAAAAAAGUAGAGGUUCAUCAUCAUCUGGAUCAGCUAAUCCUUUCAACAAUUCAUUGCAGAAACAAGGAGAUAGACCAGAUUUAUUUGAUGAAAUUCCAGAAUUGAUCAAUGAUGAUAUUGAAUAUAGUAUCAAACCAAGAAAGGCAUUACUCACAAGACACCCAGUAAACAACAAAAAGAAACGUGCAUGGAGUGAUAUCAUUGGCGUGCUUUGGUGGAUUGUUAAAAUGUUUACUCUACCAUUAAUGAGUAUAUUGGUUAAAAUAUUCUUUGGAUUCAACUACAAGUAUUGUAAAUGUUGUGAUGCUUUCCAUGACAUGACACCAGUAGCUGGAUUCGUUUGGGGCGAAGUUGUCAAAGACCAACUCAAAAUCUAUUUCCUUGGCAAUGAUCUUCAAAAAGAAGAUGUCACAAAUUAUGUUGACCUAAAACAAUUAAAAGAUUUUGAUUUACAACAUCAACAACAUCAAAGAAUUAGAAAAAAGAAAUCAUCUCUAAAUAAAUAA